AACCCUAUGAAUAACAGUGAUUGCUGAUUGGUCACACAGAAAGCAUGCCACUCUGUGAGCUCAACAGGUCGCUUGCUAAGAAGUUCAGUACCUGUUCCAAGGAUGGGACUCGUGCCGACAUUAUCCUGCCAACUAUCCUGCUUGACUUGACAAUGUAUGUGCCUAAAGUACUUACUGGAGACUCUUUCAGGAUAUAUGUAUAUUGCACUAUCAACUGAUGUCCUGUAAACUCAGGGGGACAUUGGCUGGGGAAAGCCACCAUGGCUUGCUUACAUGGACCACGACUACUGAAUUUGGAGAAAACCCCUCCUCAUCUUCAAUUCAACGACUUGAUCCUGACAGGCUACCGGCCCAUUUCAACCUUUCAGGGGUGCAUCAGAAGCCUGUUCUACUUGCACAAUGAAUUUGGUAACAUUUAUACCCAUGGAAUCCCAUUCUUCUGUUUCCUGGUGCUGCUGCCACUUAACAUCCCCUGGUCCGAGGUGGAGCAAACGUGGAUGUGUGUGUUCCACUACCUUGCCUGCCUGUCCCCCACCGUGGGCUCCGUGCUCUACCAUACCUUCAUGAACCAUGAGGGCGGGGAGCCCAUCUACGACACACUCCUUUCCCUCGACAUGGUCGGAGUCUGCCUGGUCAACACCUUGGGAUGCCUGCCCAUCAUUUACAUCACCCUGAUGUGCUACCCUGUCACUUGCACCCUGGCCCUCCUGGCCUACAGCCUAAUCUCGGCCUGGGGCAUCCUCUGUGCUACCACAGCGCGUAGCAACUAUGGGCGCCUUCGAGCUUUCAUCUGGCAGGCCCUCUUCCGUGUGCUCCUCUUCCUAUUCCGUUGGCUGGGAGAUGGCGUAGGCAGCCCAGCUUCGCUGCGCCUCUUCUUCACCAUGGACAUGCUGGCUGUCAUGGGGGGCCUGGUGAACCUUAGCCGGGUGCCCGAGCGCUUUAGCCCGGGCCUCUUCGACUACUGGUGCAACAGCCACCAGAUAAUGCACGUGCUGGUGAUCUGCUCCAUUAUCUACAUGCACUGGGGGAUGCUGGAGGAUUUAGCCUGGAUUAAGACGUUCCAGUGUCCGGUGUUGGAGUGAGGGACAGAGGAGGAUUGACGAGGCAAGGCCAGGAAAUAGGGCUGGGGCGUAGGAUUUAAGGAGGGGUGGGUAGGAGUCAGCAUAAAAAUAGAAUGACCAGAAUGGACAGCCCCAUUCAAGUCUAUGUUCGGUGGCCAUGUUGAAUGUACGUAUCUAUAAGUGCACAGUAACAUUUCUGUGGUCUGAGGGGCUUUGUACCGUCUAGUAAUUAUAUUUCUAUGGGUGAUGAGACAGUGAAAUUAAAGUUUUAAAAUGCACUUUAGGACUAGCUGCUGAAAUUACUGUAAGGAUUACGAUUGAUUCACUGUCCAUUUUGAAAUAUUCACCCCCUGUACAGCAGGAGAAUGUAGGUGUAAGAAUCGAUUGGUGCUUUUUAAGAUGUACGUCAGGGAAUUGUUGUACAGCUUCUGAACCCACAUUUCUGUGUUAUUACUUUGCAAUGAGAUGGACACACAUCCACAUGAUUCUGUAUCAGUUAAAAUGCAGUAGGCCUUUGCCUCCAGUGACCAACAUAAAUAUUUUCAAUG